UCGUUUUUUACUUGUUCGAUUUCAAUAAAUAUUAUUAAUGGCUAUUACAUGGUUGUUUCUUCUGAUCUUGCUUCAACAACUUCAUCCAUCCAGAUCCGUAGAAGGAAGAAUAGAGAAGAUAAUUUAUGUUGGGCGAAAUCUUUUUUGGUUACUCAUGUGGAAGAUUAUUAAGGAUUUUGAUACAACUUCUUCUCCGAUGGAUGAAACAAAGGCAUGUGGUUUGCAAUUUGAAUUGAAGAACAUUACAGACAAGGUAAUUGGGGGUGAUGCAAUCCACGGUCAACAAGCCGAUUUGGUGAAUGAUUAUGAUAUUCUUCAGAGCACUAUAUUUCUCACUUGUAAGAUCAAAACCUCUAUUAGUCUCUUCCAUGCUACCUGAUUUUAUGUAA